AUGCCGCACGCACAGAAAGCGUCCAUCGACGAAGAGAUGCACGAACUCAACGCCGAGGCCGACUUCCUCGAGGAGAAGACGACGGUGACACGCUCGGCCAACGGCGAGGACGCCAAGAUCCACCACCACGGCUCGGACCCGGACGCACAAGCAAUGGUCAUCGACUCCCUUCGGGCGCAGGUGCAGGACCUCUUCACCCAAGUCUCGCAGCUCAACGGCAAGCUCGUGCGCUCCUACGACCGCGUCUCCGACCUGGAGGAUGAGCUGCACGUUACGUCCUCCAACCUCCGCCAGGCGACAAUCAAGGUCUCCCAGCUCGAGCUCGAGCGCACCCAGCAUCUCUCUGCACUCAGCACCGGGCUCCUUGUCGAGAAGUCGCAUGUCACUACCGAACUCAACCGCCUCAUGGAGAAGGCGACGGAGGAGGCUGCGCGACGUGGCCAGGCCGAGACUGCGCGGGCGACGAUCGAACAGGAACUCGACGACCUCUCCGCCGGGCUCUUCGACCAGGCGAAUCGGAUGGUCGCGCAGGCGCGCAUCGCGGAGGCACGCAGCGCUCGCAAGCUGGAAGAGACGGAGGCGGCGCUACAUAGUGCGGAGGAGGUUGUGGGGGCGCUACAGUCGCAGAUGCAGAUGCUUGAGUCAGAGAAGGAGGUCGUAGACCGCCGGAUGGAGGGGAUGCGCAUACGGAUGGGCAAAGGCAAGUGGGUCGACCGGUCCCCGGACAGGACGCGUUCGAAGGGGCAAAGGCUCUUGUCGACGCACCUCCCCUACCACGAGUUCCUUGUCUUUGUCUCCCACCUACGCACACUCCGCACCGCGUCAUCACAACCUCCAUCGAUGUCGACCCUUCUGCCACUGCCCUUCAUUGCACGACUGGUCACGGAAGACUCCGAUCCUACAGUGCGACUCGACCUCGCACCGUCGCUGAAUUGGUUGUCGAGGCGGUCCGUCAUUGCCGCGAUACACUCAGCUCAACUCACGGUGGAACCGAUGCAAUUCACUACCUUGCUGGAGGAGCUGGCUCCGCCGAAUAUACCCUCACACUCCCACCAUACCCACAUUGUAUGCGCCCUUUGCGGGGUGCCGAUCUACUCUUCCGGAGACUCUCCUGCGGGCACGCCGACGACCCCCAAUCCCUCCAAGACUGUCUCACACAGCGCAUCAUGGUCCACGACGCUCUUCAAGAACGUCCGUGCCGGAGAUCUCUCUUCCUUGACUGGCCCCAGUCGACAACUGUCCCUCCAGGCUGGCGCUCCCUGUACAGAACCGCCGGUACAGGUGUACAUCUUCCGCAUUGAGGCCGCAUCGUCCAGUCUUCCGGUCUCCCUCCCUCUUUCCGCCCAGUCCCCAGCCAACCCCGGAACGCGACAGUCCAUCUAUCCCCUCUGCAGCUCCGGCUGGUGCUUGACGCGUUUACGCGCAACGUGCUCGCUAUGGGCCUUCGUUCGCACUAGCGUCGUGGAGAAGAUCUGGGAGGAGGCGCCACUGGUCAUGUUUAACGGCGCUACUAAGCCUGGUGUCAACGGCCAGGUCAACGGGGCCGCGAAUGGCGUCGUUGCGGAUGAGCACCCCACCCCAGCUUUGCAGACGCCUCCAAAGCGGACCAAGAUCGGUUUAGGGAACCUUUGGGGGUCAAUGCAACGUAGUCUCAGCGGUGUUCGCGAGGUGGGCUCCAAAACUCCCGAACCCGUGCCUGUACCACCCAAGGCCGACGGAAGGCCAACGCUGCCGCCUCGCGACCCGUCAAGGAAGUCGCUGCCCCCGCCCCCGCCUACACAUCCGACGGUCACGCAUCAGCCGAAGCCACGACGGGUGCCGCCCCCGUUCAAAGAAGGUUCUCCUGGAGUCGAGGGUUCGCCUGCCGCCUCACCUGCGCCUCCGUCAACCACUUCGUCUCCCGCGCCUGUGGUGAGCGCGGCCGCAGCGCCACCGCCUCUGCCCAAAAGGAACAGGGAACGCGUUGCUACUCUUGUCAACCCUGAACUGGAGCAGAAGUCCGAGGCGAAUGGCGCGUCUCACGAAGAGGUCAAGCCAGUAGUAGAACCUGCUCCUCCUACGUCCGAGGGUCCCGAGGCCACCAAGGGGGCUCCAGCAGAAAAAUCCGCGCCUGAAGUUGAUGCACCGCCAACCCCUGCUGCCCCCGCUCCUGUUGAUGCUACUGAGCUCACUCCCACCCUAGUAGCGACCACUGGGACGCCGAAGCCAGAUACUUUGACCGCUCCAUCAAUCUCGAGGGCCACUUCCGCCGACUCCUUCGCUUCGGCCACCGAAGGUCUCUCGUCGCCGGCGUCCUCCGCUGGGCCUGACCUUGCUUCAGACGAUGUUCCCGCACUGCAGGAAUUGACGCCGACUUCGAAGACCCCAACGCUUCCAGACAUGUUUGUUCCUGCUCCUGCUGCCCCUGCCCCUGUCCCUGAUGCGACCUCCGCCGCCGCCGCUGCCACCGUCCCCAAGGACGACAAGCCGCCCUCGCGGACCUCCUCCCCUGCGCCACCGCCCCUGCCUCGACGCGCCGCGGCCCGCGGACGGCCAACCUCCAUGCUCGCUCAGCAGGCCGACGGCGAGAAGCGCAGCAGCCUCGAUGCCGCACCCGCGUCCCGCGGCUCUACGGACGUCCCCGCCGCCGAAGUGCCAGCUCCUGUUGAGCAACCCGCGCCCGCGCCGCCCACCUCGGCGCCGGAACCCGAGAAGGGGGCGGAGAAGAAGGAAGAGGCUGUCGAGAACGCCGCGCCCGUCGCUGAAGCCACGCAGGUCGUCGCCCCGGCGGCAGGGGUCGAGGCCAUUGCGGCGUUCGCUGCGGUCGAGGAGAAGGCUGUCGAGCCUGAGCAUGUCGUUGAGAAGGCGGUUCCUGCUGAGGCUGAACCUUCCUCUGAGGUCGCUCCUGUCCCGGAAGCCCUUCCUGUCGUCGUCGCAGAAGACCUUCAAGAAUCCGAGGCGCCAGCGGAGACCGAAAAGCCUCACAUCAACGGCGAGGUCGCCCCAUCCGAGACCGAGCACACCGAAAAGUCGGAGGUCUCGCAGACGGACGCGGAGGACGCCCUGUCGCCCGAGCCGGAGGACAACGGGCAGUUCGUCGGCGACGCGACGUGGGAGGAGCGCACGUACAAGGAGCUCAUGCGCCUGCGCGAGGAGAUGUUCUGGGCGCGCAUGGGUGCGGUCGUGGCGUAG